CAUCGAAAGAUGUUAUGGCAGCGAUUUCGUACAACCUCGAGUCAGAGAGUCAACACAUCGAAUCUGUAUCACAAUCAUCCCAGUCUAGCUCGAUCAGAAUGGCGCCAAAUGCUACUCAAGGACCUGUGCGGCCGAAAUUCCUGCCCCGCUUCCCGGCCUUGAAGAGCGACCUCGCCGACACAGACGAACCAGGUUGGAUCUCGGUUGUAGAGAAUGACGCUUACUUUUCGCUCGAUUUUUUCUUCAAGACGCUCGAAGAGCUGUGUCUUCACCCGGAGCGAAACUCGAGCUCGAUCUUGCGAGCGGACAUUCUGUAUGACUCUCAAGCUGGUCCUAGCACAACGAACAGUGCCGAAGCACAAUCGACAAGCAUAGAUACCGCAUUUCAAGGACCUCAGAACUUUUUCCAAUGUCGAAGAAUCCGAAGGAAGCUCUUGCCUCGAAAACCUCAGAUAGACAAACCCCUCGAGCAAGACUGCCUCUUUCUGACCAGUGAGGUGGAUGCAGCGCCGAAAGGGCUGGUUAUCCUAUUGCCGGAUGUAAAGGAGGAAAAGGAUGUCCCCUUCUACCAUCCAAUCUUGCGGAAACUGGCCUUCGAGUACACUCAACUUCAAACCUUCGGAGAGAAAGACGAUCCGGAUACGGUCCCGCAAGGCACAAUCAAGAUCUCUGCUCUACCUUUUCCCAAUUCUGCGCCUUUACCGAUCAACAAGGUACAAGAAGCUAUGCAAAGUGACGUCAAGCCGGAAGAGGAUGUCAACCGGAUCCUACCGCAACGGACGGUCAGGACGUGCUUGCAUCUCUUGGAGACGCUUCACAAACACGGAUGGGGCCAGCAACGAGGUUACGAGAAACGGGUGGUUCACGAUGUUUUGGUUGUACGGGAAAACUUCCAGGAUCUAUACCUCGUGCUCAAAGAGCGGCAUAAACAUCUGGAUUCGAGGAAGAACAAGGAAGGCUUCAACAAAAUCAUGGACACGAAGCGGCACGUCUGGAAGGACGUAGCGAUUGCUUGCUUUUUGAUGCUCUUGUGGAAAGACAUGUACCCGCCCAUAAAGCAGGAAUCUGGCUUGGAAGAUGUACCUUCCCGGCGACCCUGGGAUUUGUGGGGCCGGCCUGCUGGUGGAUUUUUAGAUCUGGGUUGCGGAAAUGGCUUGCUGGUGCACAUCCUGAUCUCCGAGGGGUACAAGGGCAAAGGUAUCGAAUUGAGAGAACGACGGACGUGGCCUGGCUACCCAGCAGAAACGAGAGAAGCACUAGUAGAGCAAGGAAUUGACCCACCGAGAUGGUUCCCCAAUACAUUGGAAGAAUGGCAGACGGGUUCUUGGGAAGGCAAAGAGGAUUGCCCGAUUGAAGAGGGCAUGUUCUUGAUCGGUAACCAUGCGGACGAAAUGACGCCCUGGCUACCUCUCCUGUCCUUGAUUCCCAAAACCCCUGCGCCACACCUCUCUUUACCAUGCUGCCUACAUACCUUGAACGGCUUGUUCACGUACAACACAUUCGUACCGCCCCAGACGCAUGAGCACAUGCCUUCAGGAGACUUUGAAGAAGGUCUCGAGAAGGGAGAUUCUCGGUAUAAAGCAUAUCUCAAAUGGCUAGGCUGGGCGGGCCUGAAUUGCGGAUGGCUUUGGGAAAAGGAACCAUUACGGGUACCCUCUACCAAGAGCUGGGGUAUCAUAGCGCGUAAGCGAUGGACCGGUGGAGCAGCAGAAGACGACGCUUGCCGAGAAUACGUCCUCAGCCUAGUAGACCAUGUGCGGCAUGGGGAUGGCUUCACAGUGCGUGAGAAGGAGGGCAACGUAGAUGGUCAUUGAGCCGGGAGG